AUGUUGAAUGUUGAGGCUCUGCCCUAUGCCCGAGUUCCUAUCAUCAAGUUCAAGGCGCAAGACGGUCUUGAUUUUGUCUUUGACUGCGAUCUGAGUGUCAACAAUGUCCUUGCCUGUAUCAAUACCGACUUGCUGUUCACAUACACCAUGCUGGACAAGAGGGUCAGGCCGCUGAUCAUGUGCAUCAAGCACUGGGUGAAGCAACGUCGAAUUCACAAAACCUUCAGAGGCUAUCUGAGUUCUUACACGUAUACGUUGAUGGUAAUCCAAUACCUGCAGUAUGAAAGAGUGCUGCCGUGCUUGCAAAGUCUGCGGCGCGUACAGGCCACGCUGAACAACGAUCCAUCGUUUGCUGUUUCCUGUGACGGAGAUGUGUACGACUGCUACUUCUACAGAAACGUUGAGACAUUAGCGAGUUUCGGUGAAAGGAACAAUCGUUCAUCGCUGGGGCUUCUUCUCGUUGGGUUCUUCCACUUCUACUCCAAUGUCUUUCCGAUUGAUAAGGGAGUUGUGAGUAUACGAAGUGGAAGGCUUCUCAGGAAGAAGGCGAAGGGAUGGGAUACCUCGGAAGACUUCAGAAACAGGCAUAUAUUUUGCAUAGAGGAUCCUUUCGACAUCAACCUUGACUUGGGGAGAUACGUCAACGACUACACCGUACAAGAUAUUCUUGAGGAGUUUGCCAGAGCAUUGCAGGUCCUCCAAACGUCUGGGAGCUUCGCUGAGGUUUGA